AUGGAUUGUCUGGCGUCCUACAUUCCGCUCUCGCUGCGCACUCUUCUGGAGGCCUACGCGCCUCCCGGGUCUACAGAGUACGCCCCGUACAUCGGAGUCGCGUUGACCUCCCUUGCCGCCGUAUACGUGGGGUACCUCUACCUCCAGAGUUGGAGAGAGGCAGCGGUCGUUUUCAAUGUCCCUGUCCCACCAGAAGUGCGCAACAGUGGGUCGAUCAAGACAUGGGAUGAGGUUCAGGGGCAGCAGAAAAUGGUGUUGCAGGAUCAAGCUCGGGGAAAAUGGAACCAUCAAUUGAUUAUGAGCUACUGUCCUGCCGAUGGGAGGGUGCUCGGUAACGGAAUCAAGCCCGCCACGGUCGAAGAUGUCAACAAGGUCGUUCGGGUUGCGAAAGCUGCUCAGCCAGAGUGGUCAAAGACUACCUUUGCGGAGCGCAGAAAGGUUCUCCGGACACUGUUGAAAUAUGUCUUAGACCACCAAGACGACCUCGUUACCGCAUGCUGUCUCGAUUCGGGUAAAACAAAAGUUGACGGCUCAUUCGGCGAGAUCCUUGUGACAGUGGAGAAGCUCAAGUGGACAAUCGACCAUGGCGAGAAAGCACUACUACCAGAGCGGCGGCCGACCAACUUCCUGAUGAUGUACAAGAAGAACAUGGUCACGUACGAACCGUUGGGUGUAGUGGGUGCCUGUGUGUCCUGGAACUACCCGUUACACAACUUCAUCGGACCGAUCAUCAGCGCGCUGUUUACCGGUAACGCAGUGGUUGUCAAACCGUCUGAGCAGACCGCAUGGUCCGCAGUCUACUUCCUCGAGAUGGUGCGCGGUGCGCUCUCUAGCUGUGGUCACUCGCGCGAUCUGGUGCAGACAAUAGUCUGUCUACCCAAUGUUGCCGAUGCAUUCACCUCGCACCCUGAUAUCGCGCAUCUAACUUUUAUUGGAUCCCGACCUGUGGCCCACCACGUCUGCGCAUCAGCAGCCAAGUCACUCAUCCCUGUGUGUGUCGAGCUGGGUGGCAAAGACCCCGCCGUCGUCCUGAGACGACUCCCGCACUCUCCGCAAUAUCUCCUCUAUCGCAACUGCAUUGGCGUCGAGCGUAUCAUCGCACUCCCCAAUGCAUACGAACGACUCAUCGAAAUUGUAACUCCACGUAUUCGAAAUCUCCACCUCGGCUCUGUCCUCCUCGACACCGCAACCCCAGACGUUGGUGCUAUGAUUUCACCUGCAUCAUUCGCCAACCUCGAGACACUCAUCAAGGAAGCUGUGCAACAAGGCGCACGCCUCCUCGCUGGCGGCACCGAACACAAACACCCAGUCCACCAACAUGGGCACUACUUCACACCAACUCUGCUAGUAGACGUGACACGCGACAUGCGGAUCGCGCAAACAGAGCUCUUCGCCCCGAUCUUCCUCAUGAUGCGCGCCGAGUCCGUAUCCGACGCAAUCGCCAUCUCCAACUCAACGCCGUAUGCACUAGGCGCCAGCGUCUUCGGACACCGACAAGCGGACGUGCAAGCCUGCGUGUCGAAAAUCUCCUCCGGAAUGGUAGCGGUCAACGACUUCGGCGCCUUUUACGCUGUGCAGCUGCCGUUCGGCGGCGUGCGCGGAUCCGGAUAUGGCCGGUUCGCGGGCGAUGAGGGGCUACGCGGUCUAUGCAAUAUUAAGUCAAUUUGCGUUGAUCGCUUCCCUACUUUGAUUGGCACUGGUAUCCCGCCGCGCCUGGACUAUCCUAUCCAGAACCGGGAGAACGCGGCGGAUGCUAAGGGUGGAAUUGCGGCUUGGGAGAUGUGUAAGGGCGUUGUUGAGACGGGAUAUCAGUUGACGCUGGGUGGGCGUAUUGCUGGUAUUUUGCGGUUGUUGAGGAAUAUGUGA